AGCUCAAAAUUACUGAAAGAGAUGUGCUCAGCCGGCUUUCGCUGUAGGUUUGCUGAGUGUGGGGUUUCGGACUGGAAGCCAUGGCAAAGCUGCGUUUAGCGGCAGCCAGACCCACUCAGCUGUCCCAGUGGGAGCGCCUGGAUCUUCUGCGAAAGGAAGGAUCUUUUUGUGACGUGGUGAUGCUGAGCUCAGAUGGUCAGCGCUUUCCAUCUCAUGCCGUCGUCCUAGCCUCUUGCAGCGAAAAGCUGAAAAAAAUUAUGGAACAAGCCAAGGCAGGCAAGCUGCAGCAAGUGCAGUCACGAGAGGAAAACGCUGAGAACGGUUCGGCCAAGCCGGAAGCUGUCACAGGUGCCAGUGCAGCGGCAGUGUCUGCAGUGCUGGAUUUUAUCUAUUCUGGCCAAGCCCAGCUUGUGCUGAACGUGGUUCCUGAGGUCGCGCGCUUGGCUCGGCGCUGGGACUUGAACUCCUUGCAGGAGGCACUUGCCAGUAGUGUGGCUUCAGAAGAUGGUGGACUCACCCCAGACGUCGUGGCGGGGCUUUUCGCCCUAGGGGAGCCCUUUGGAGAGCAGCUCGGGGCAGCAGCAAGGACGUUUGUGCUGAACAACUUUUCAAGCUGUGCAAGCACAGAUCCCUUCACUCGAUGGCCGCAGAAGGUGCUGGAGCACCUCCUGAAAAGUGAUCAACUAGUGGUCACUAAUGAAGAGGAGACCCUCUUGUGGGUGGCUCGCUGGCGAGGGGCUAAAGCAGGCAGGGAAGAUGCUGCCGUUUCUGUGCUUUCAGCCAUUCGUUGGCCUUUGUUGUCUUUGUCGACUCUGGAAGCCUUAUCGGAUAGCAAAGGCUUCGCCAAUGGCGCCUUUGCUGAAACAGUGGCAGAGCGUUGUAAAGCUGCAAAAGUAGCUCAUCAAGGCCUGGAAGCCUUGCCUCAUGUGCGACAAGGCUUUUGUGGGUGGUGGUCUGGCUUGGGCUGUGCUGCUAAGGGCGGUGUGGUCAUUGCUGGGCAGGGUUCACCUGGCAAAGAGCCUCUAAAGCCGAAAGCAAUACGCCCACAUGAAGGCACGUUGCUGGUGUUGGAUGGCACUGAAGAGCCAGGUCGAGUAGUACAGUGGUUCCUUCGCAUGCAUAGUGGCCGAAGUCUGGCUGGAAAGGGCAGUGAGUUGCAAGACAGCUUUGAAGACAUGGCAGAUAUUUGGAGUGGUCCCGACGAUGCUUUCUACAUCUUGGACCGAGAUGCAGAGCGAGUCGUGCAAGUCCGGAGCGGGGAAACUGAGGUGGCCAGCAAGGGGACCAUCCGCCUAGAACGGCCCUGUGGUGUGGCUGUCGAGGGUCCUGAUCGAGCAGUUUAUGUUCUCGACCGGGAAGGAAGCCGUGUGGUACGGUAUGUGCGCGGCCGUUCGAUGCAGGUGGCUGGAGGCACUGAGCCAGGUGCAGGGCCAGGCCAGCUCAAUGCAGGCCCCACAGGCCGCAUUUUUGCAGCCAAAGGUGGGCGCCUUUACAUCUCUGACACUGGAAAUCACCGGGUGCAGAGGUGGGAUCCGGGAGCCAAAGUAGGAAUUACAGUGGCUGGAGGUCAUGGUUGCGGUAGUGGCGCUGACCAACUGAGCCAUCCAGGGGGGAUUUGGGCUUUGGACAAUGGCACUGUCUAUGUCGCUGACGUGGGGAAUCACAGGGUAAUGAAGUGGCGUGAUGGUGCAAAGGCGGGUGUGUUGGCUGCAGGGGGCUACGGUCCUGGCGAUGGCUUGCACCAGCUGAAGGAGCCGGUGGAUGUGACUGUAGAUGCUUUGGGUGCCCUGAUUGUUGCUGAUUUCGGCAAUGCCCGGGUCAUGCGCUGGUCACCACCAUCCAUCUCCACUGAACUGCUCGCAGCGGUGAGGGGAUAAAGGGAUAUGUAGGUCCAAACCUGGGCAGUGAUGCAAUUACAAUGUGGCAUUCUGACGAUCUGUAUCGUACAUGUGCAAUUUUUAAGCUUCAUCUCAAACCAUCUCAAAUCUAAACGCAUGUGUCACCAUUUGUGACAUGUGGUGCUUUGAUGUUCUCUCAUACUUUUGCGAUCUUUUGCGGUCGUCUGUCAUGCGGAUGUCUACAACGGAGAACUUGGCUAGGUGAGGCUGCUGGUGACACGAACCUCUUGGUGGAUGCAAAGCAGUACCUUAGCGAGAUCAUCAACGUAGACAUCAGGAGGCAGCCAAUCGGAAACACUUUCUGAGCAAGCUUUUGACCUGAUUGACUGAAGUAAAU